AUGACGCGAACGAGUUCUGAUUCAGAUUCAGAGGGUUGCUGCUCUAAUCCAAAACCCUCUUCUUCCUCCUCUCCGCCGUCGACCGCCUCUCCCUCGCUCAACAAUUUCAGAGGCCCUCGCGGCGAUUUCCAACUCAUCACAGACGAGAACGACAAGAAGAAGCUCAAGAUCGAGGCCUGGUUCGGUACCCACAAGAUGAGGCUCGUCUAUGCCCAUUUUCCCAUCAAUGCUAGCAUCACUAAUCACAACAAGGGCAUCAAGAUCCAUAGCUUUCUACUUUUCGUGAGGAAAAUGGAUAUGCUUGAUGGAGUUUCCAUUGUGCGAUCUGAGAAGGUGAAUGAUGAGUUGGUUUUCGAUGGAAAUGACAUUGAGCUUGUUUCUAGGUCAUGUGCCCUUAUCAAUCAGAAAUGCCAUGUUAAGAACAAGGAUAUCAGGAAGUUUCUUGAUGGUAUUUAUGUUAGUGAGAAGGGGACCGCAUUAAUAAAGAAGAGAAUGAUUUUUUGAAGAGAGAUAAAAGUGGUGGUUAUUUGAA